AUGGCUGUUUUCGGCUUUAACCUGACAGUGUCGAUAAUUGGGCUGUUCUUCCUGCGGAAGCUGAUACCUAUUUUCGAUCUACCGAGCAAGCUUCUUACCGGAUUUUACCGAUUCUAUGCACCCUCAGAGAAUGAUUGCAGACAAGCAGCCCAGCUCAAGCCCAAGAAUGUGAAGACUUCAAAGAGAAAUCAAAAUGUUCAAAGCAAGGACUUUGUCAUUCCAAAAGAUGCUGAGGUGCCUUUGUAUUUUGCACAAGUCAAGGCUGAAGACUGGAGUUUCCUUCAUUUUUACCCGGAGUUUUGCUGGCUCAUCGAGUUUAGUCUAACUACGCUAUUUGUGCUCGCGGUUACCGAAUUAGUUCCAAGUGAGUUUAAAUGGAGAGGUGAAGCGAUUCCCGACGAGCUGAAUUUAUCCGUCAUUUGGGUCGUCCUUGCCAGUUUGUUUUGCUCAAUUAACCUGGCUCGAUUAUCCUCGAAGCUGAUAAGAAGCACUGGCGAGCGCAGCCUGCUCGUCAUGUUCGGCACUUUCACCUUUGUCUCGAGUUUGAGCGCGCUCACGCUCUCUUCUGAAUGGAUCGAGCUUGGAUUCCAUGAACUUGUUGCGAACCUCGAGAGGAUGUCAAAACUUGGUCUGACGCUGAUCAUCUGCCUCUUUUCUGCUUUCUUCGGCUCAGUGUUCUCUUUCUGUGGAUUUAGAGUUGCUCAAAUGAACCGGGAUGCUUCUGAAAACGAAAAAGGACUCAAGAAGAUGUUGAUUCAUGGCUCGUUCUUUUCUGGAUUGCUUAUUCCUGUGACCUUUUUUCCCAAACUUUUCCGAUACCGUCUUCAAGAACCGAGCAACAUCGAAAACUUUGAGUGGCUCCCAGGCGGAUUUGACGACGUACUCAUCGACAGAAUCCAACUAGGAAUUAUUAUUGGGAGCUCUAUUUGGACUCUAGUGAUGUGGCGAUCCCAUAUUCAAGCAUACCUAGCUAUUGCGAAAACGAGAGUCGAAAGAGCGCGAAAAAUGAAGAAAAAUUACACACAGCAGGAGAUGAACAAAAACGUUACUCUUAUCUGGUACUAUACAUUGGUAACUGCGCUUCAAUAUAUCCUGCCCACCGUCCUUAUGCUUUUCCUCAGUCUCUUGUAUAAAUCAGCGAGCGGACUGACUUGGUACGGCCCACAGACUGAGCCCUGGUCGAACCCAUCCGGCCUCGAAAGACUUCCCGAAGGAACUUUUGUCGUCGCCAUCAAGUACCUGCUCUGGCUGGUUUCAAACGCACAGGCUCUCUCAAAGAUCGGCGGAUACAUUUUCCACUCCGUGAUCGACACUGACCUCUAG